AUGGUAGUUCAUUCUUUGCUCUCAGUAUUGUCCUUGUUUUUCAUUUUUUCAUUCUCCCUUGUCACGGCUCAAUCCCCUAAUACUGCAGAUACAAAUUUUACGUGCUCCAAGAACUCGCCUGUAUCGUGUGAUACAUACGCUACGUACAGAGUGAGAUCACCUUAUUCGGAUCUUGGAAAUAUAUCUGAACUGUUUCAAAUCAGCCGGUCAGAUAUAGUAGCAGCUAAUAGUUUAGCAUCGGAGAAUGUUGAACUGGUUCCUGAUCAGCUCUUGUUGAUACCGAUCACAUGUACUUGCAAUGGAUCGAAUUAUUUCUCUAAUGCCACGUACAAAAUUAAGAAGGAUGACACCUUCUAUUCGGUUUCAAUCAAGCUUUUUCAGAACCUCACAAAUUAUCAAGUUGCGAUGGACAUGAAUCCCACAUUGAAAGCAAACGACCUGACAAUUGGGGAGCAAGCGGUCUUCCCUUUGCUCUGUAAUUGCCCUGGAAAUUCAUAUUCAGACAAGGGGAUUACAUACCUUGUCACUUAUGUAUGGCAACCGGUUGACGAUUUAAGGUCUGUAAGUAACAUGUUUAAGGCAUCAGAGACAGAUAUUGCAGAAGAAAACAAUAACAGAAACUUCACUGCUGCAAUUUGUCUUCCGGUUUUGAUCCCAGUAAACUCUUCUCCAGUUCUACAGCAACGUUUUCCUCCUUCCGCCAUUGGGAAGAAAUCGAAACAUUAUUGGCUCCUCAUUGCAAUUUUAAGUACUGUAGUGGCUCUUUUGAUUAUUUUAUCAGGUGUAUUGGCGUAUAUACACCUUUUAUACAAGAAAAAGAGAGCAUUGGACCGGAAUAGUUCUUCGUUGGAAACAUCUGAUCUGAUUCCAACCAAGAAAGUUUCUAAAGUUGAAAUAUUUGAGCAGAAAGCGAGUCAGGAUAAGCUGCUUCCUGGAGUUUCAGGAUAUCUUGGAAAGCUGAUAAUGUAUGAACUGCAGGUGAUUAUGAAGGCAACUAUGAACCUAAAUGAACGUUAUCGUAUUGGAGGAUCAGUCUACAAGGCGACGAUUAAUGAUCAGGUUUUUGCAGUAAAGAAAACACGAGAUGCAACAGAGGAGCUGCAAAUACUACAGAAAGUAAAUCAUGCGAAUUUGGUGAAGUUAAUGGGUGUUUCCUCAGACAAUGAUGGGAAUUUUUUCAUAGUUUAUGAAUUUGCUGAGAAUGGAUCACUAGAGAAAUGGCUUUCCCCAAAAAGUUUGUCAACUUUGGGCACAGGGGAAUACCUCACUUGGAUCCAGAGGUUAUUUAUAGCCCUAGAUGUCGCGAAUGGUAUCCAGUACAUGCACGAGCAUGCUCAACCUAGUGUCGUCCAUAAGGAUAUCAGAACAAGCAACAUACUCCUUGAUUCUACUUUCAAGGCCAAGAUUUCAAAUUUCUCUACAGCCAGGCAUGCAACUUCCUCUAUCAUGUUAAAGAUCGACGUGUUUGCUUUUGGAGUUGUUCUUCUUGAGUUACUUUCAGGCAAGAAAGUCAUGGAAGCCAGAGAUAAUGGUGAAGUUGUGAUGUUAUGGAAAGAAAUAAAGGGAAUCUUGAAAGAUGAUGAUCACAGAGACGAGAGGCUAAAGAGGUGGAUGGAUCCAAACUUGAAGAACAUGUACCCUAUUGAAGGCGCUCUAAGCUUGGCAACCUUGGCAACAGCAUGCACAUCAGAUAAAUCCUCUGCGAGACCAGGAAUGACAGAAAUCGUCUUCAACCUAUGCGUUCUAACUCAAUCGUCUCCUGAGAUGUACAACAACUCUUGGACCUCUAAAUUUGAAGUUGAGGAAGUUUUGCCUGUUAUUAAUCCAGUCAUAGCUCGUUGA